AUGUUGUUGUUGGAAAUCCACGGAUACCAUAGGCGUUCCAUACUGUUACUACCCGUCACAAUACGACACGUUUCGUUUCCUAAACAUGACCGAGGACAAGCACGCCAUGACAGUGUGUACUACGAGGCUCGCCCGUCCGGAUAUCCGGAUGAUUUCGAAACAGUGCGGAUGGAUUUCAAAUAUCUGUCGGAUGAUGUUUUGGGUGUUAAGAUUUACGACCCAGAGAACAAAAGAUUCGAACCGCCAUACCCGGAGAUAAGUUUAGUUUCUAAACCACUAGGAACUAUGAAAUACAGGGUGCAGAUAGAAGGAUCGCUUGUUGGCUUCAAAGUCAUUAGGAAUUCCGAUAAUGUUACCAUUUUCAACACACAAGACGUGGGAGGUCUGAUAUUGUCAAACAAAAUGCUGCAGAUAUCGGCCGUUCUGCCCACAAACCGCGUGUUCGGCUUGGGCGAGAAACGAGCAAGGUUCAUGAACAAUAUGAAUUGGAACACUAUCGCUAUAUUUAAUAGAGACCGAGUGCCUAGGAGGGAAAGUAAUUUUAUAACCUUUAUUAUGAAUCUGUACGGCUCGCAUCCAUUUUACUUGGCAGUGGAACAGAACGGCAACAGUCACGGUGCACUUCUACUUAACUCUAACGCUAUGGAUGUAGUUCUACAGCCGACGCCGGGCAUCACGUACCGCACCAUCGGCGGUGUCCUCAACCUGUUCGUGUUCGCGGGACCCUCGCCCAAGGACGUGGUGUCACAAUACACGGAGCUGAUCGGGAGGCCGUUCAUGCCGCCUUACUGGGCGUUAGGGUUCCAUCUGUGCAAAUUCGAGUACGGAAAUUUGAAUGUCACUAAACAAGUGUGGCAGGCUAACAGAGAUGCGGGCAUUCCCUUUGACGUGCAAUGGAACGACAUUGACUACAUGAGGAAUCGCAACGACUUCACGUACGACAAGGAGAAGUUCGCCGAACUGCCACAGUUUGUCAACAAGAUCCACAGCGAAGGGAUGCACUACAUGAUUAUAAUUGAUCCUGGUAUAUCCGCGUCGGAAAAGCCCGGGACGUAUCCGCCGUACGACCGUGGAAUCGAGAUGGACAUCUUCGUCAAGAACAACACCAACCAGCCGUUUAUCGGCAAGGUGUGGAAUACGGGGUCGACAGUGUUCCCUGACUUUACUCAUCCGAACUCCACCUACUGGGUUGAGAUGAUGACCAACUUCCACAAGAAGGUUGCGUACGACGGGGCUUGGAUCGAUAUGAACGAGCCGUCUAACUUCGAGGACGGCCCCUGGUGGUCGUGCCUGCCCGAGGCGCUGCCGUACCUGCCGCACACGUCGGACCCGUACCUGCGCGCGCACACGCUGUGCAUGGACGCGCGCCACGCCGCCGGCCCGCACUACGACCUGCACAACCUGUACGCCAUCACUGAAGCUAUUGCCACUAACUUCGCCCUGCAAGAGAUCCGCGGCAAGCGUCCGUUCAUAAUCUCCCGCGCGUCGCGUCGGUGGCUCGACACUUCGCCGGCCACUGAGCGCGACGUCGCCAGCGACUGGCACGACAUGCGCAUGUCCAUACCCGAGUUACUGAGCUUCAGUCUGUUCGGUAUCCCGAUGAUGGGCGCGGACAUCUGCGGCUUCACCGGCAACACCACCGCCGAACUCUGCACGCGCUGGAUGCAGCUCGGGGCCUUCUACCCCUUCAGCAGGAAUCAUAACUCGGACCUCUAUU